AAACAGAGGAAAUAAAAAGCGGAUAAAAGUUUUGUUUUUUUUCCGUAAGCGUAGAAGAAAAUUGAAUGGCUGUGGCUACAGCUCCGUCGCUAAACCGCCAUUUCCCCCGCCGCAUCUCGAACCUUUACUCGAGAGUUAAGCAACGAAGGCCAUGGCUGCCACCAGGAGACGCGACCCUUUUCAAUUCUCGCCGGAAUUGGGAUUCCCAUCUGUUUGUUUACGCUUCCUCUUCUUCUUCUCCGUCGUCGUCGCCUCCGUCUCCAAAUUCACCGACGGAUGAUCUCACGGCAGAGUUGUGCGUCAAUACUGGUCUUGAUCUCUUUAAGAGAGGACGGGUGAAAGAUGCUCUUGUUCAGUUUGAAACUGCACUGAGUUUGGCUCCAAAUCCUAUUGAGUCACAAGCUGCUUACUAUAACAAAGCAUGUUGUCAUGCUUACCGGGGCGAAGGAAAAAAAGCUGUGGAUUGCUUGCGAAUUGCGUUGAGAGAUUAUAAUCUGAAGUUUGCCACGAUUCUUAACGAUCCUGAUUUAGCAUCCUUUCGCGCAUUACCCGAGUUUAAGGAGCUGCAAGAAGAGGCUAGGUUAGGCGGGGAAGAUAUUGGCGAUAAUUUCCGGAGAGAUCUGAAACUUAUCAGUGAAGUACGAGCACCGUUUCGUGGCGUUAGAAAAUUCUUUUAUUUUGCAUUUGCAGCAGCAGCGGGUAUCUCAAUGUUCUUUACCGUACCAAGACUGGUUCAGGCAAUUAGAGGCGGUGAUGGUGCUCCAAAUCUUCUGGAAACUACGGGAAAUGCUGCAAUUAACAUUGGAGGUAUUGUUGUUAUGGUUUCAUUGUUCCUUUGGGAAAACAAGAAAGAGGAAGAACAAAUGGUUCAAAUAACUCGAGACGAAACUCUUUCCCGGUUGCCUCUACGCCUGUCAACCAACCGCGUUGUUGAACUUGUGCAGCUAAGGGAUACAGUUCGACCUGUUAUUCUAGCUGGGAAAAAAGAGACUGUUACACUUGCGAUGCAAAAAGCAGAUAGGUUCAGAACCGAGCUCCUAAGACGAGGUGUUCUCUUAGUUCCUGUGGUAUGGGGUGAACGCAAAACACCGGAAAUCGAGAAAAAAGGUUUUGGAGCUUCUUCAAAGGCAGCUACAUCUCUUCCUUCAAUUGGGGUAACGAAAAGAUUCUGUCUUUGAAAAAAACAAACAAAAUAUUCUCAUUUUGCAAAACAGUGAUGUUCUCUUAACUUGAUAGGAAGAUUUUGAUACACGGGCUCAAUCGGUUGUAGCCCAAUCGAAGCUGAAAGGUGAAAUCAGGUUCAAGGCCGAGACUGUUUCGCCUGGUGAAUGGGAAAGGUGGAUAAGAGAUCAACAGAUAUCUGAAGGAGUUAACCCGGGCGAUGAUGUGUACAUCAUACUGCGGUUAGAUGGUCGAGUCCGCAGAUCGGGUAGAGGGAUGCCGGAUUGGGCUGAGAUAUCGAAGGAGUUACCGCCAAUGGAUGACGUUCUCAGCAAGUUAGAAAGAUGAAACUGUGAAGCUUUCUUAAUUCUUACAUAUUGUAUCUUCGUAAAACCUUAGAAUUGAGUAGAGAGAACUCAUGGGAGAAGAAAAGGUCUGUAUUGUUUGUUUGUGUUCAGAAGUCCAUGAAAUUGAUAUUUGUGUAUGUGAACACAGUUUUUGCAUUGUCAAAAGAAAAUAUUUCUAUUAA